AUGGCACAGUCUACACCUGAACGUCGCGCUCUUGUUGACCUCCCAGUCAACACGUUCGGCACGCCCUCUAGCAUGACCACCGUGGGAAAGGUAUCGAUAGGUCACAAAAGGCAAAUACAAGAAGUGGAGGAGCCGGAAUUUGCCCAACCUACAUCUCGCGUCCGAGUGUCACCUGCCCGCCCUCAGACUACCCUGAUAGACGACGUUUCGUCGGGACAGACUCAGCCAGCGCUGUCGGGAGCCAUGUCUGUCUAUCCAUCUGCCCCACAUAUAAUACAAGUCGACAAUGUCACGGAAGAGCCAGCAGAAGAAAUGGGUGAAGGCGACUCGCAAAACAGCUACAAGGACUCUGCCAUGUCUUCCGUCAUCGACUUUGAUCCGGACGAUACAAUGAUUUCUCAGCAGACCGCAGCCACAGAGGUGACACAGCCAUUGCGGUCGAGGAUAAGUCAGCAUGCCGAGACGCUGCGACUCCGAUUACGGCUUGCUCACUUCAAAGUCCAGACGAACCAGAUCAAUCUUCCACUGUCGCAACUCCGGAUAUCACGGCAAGAGGCAUUGCCAUCUGGAGAGUCCACGACGAAGCGAGAUGAGCAGCCCUCAUUGCCCAAACUACUCCCAGCGCCGGUCCUACUUCCCACAGCCUUUUCAGCACGAAUGAUCGCCCAUCCCCAGGAUCUAUCAUCACCCCCAUGCUCGCCAGACCACGGUGCUCAGAAAGAAAUUCCAGAGGUCUUCAGGACACCGGCAUUGCCACGGCAGAGGGUACAGAAUGCUCAGCGACAGCUCAGCAGCCCGCCUGGCAGUGACGAGCGGAUAUCAAAGAGACGCUACGAGGAUGAAGAUAACCUGACGAGCAGCGCUGUUCGAGGGAAAGCGGCGAUUGGGUUGCUGGGGCUGAGACAAGAGCGAUGA